CAGGAUGUGGCCAUGACGACCCAUGGUUGGUGGAAAAGCAGUCGCUCCAAAAUCCCCUUGCAUCCGAUAAAAGUGGACGAUAAGGCACGGCCAGAUUUGCCUCUUGAUAGUAGCAGUCAACCGAGUGUUUUUUCUUUUAUUUUUCGACACUAGUACUACUCUAUUUUUUGGAGCCCUUCUGCACACGAUCAUGUCGUUUGUAGAGUAUGCGGUCGUUUCUACACAGGCUCUGGCCAAGGUGUUUGUUAUCGGGUCGACGGGCUACAUGCUUGGACUAGAGAAGCCCGAACUAAAGACGCUUGCAAAGCUCAACAUCACUUUGCUAACGCCAGCACUGAUGUUCUCCAAGAUCUCAAAGUCGCUGGAUCGCGAGACGCUGUUCCUGCUGUGGCUGGUGCCGGUCAUCUACGGGGUCCUGGGGUUUGUCGGGUAUCUGUGGGUGCAAUACUCAGGGCGGCUGGUUCGGCUGCCAAACGGGUUCCGGCGGCUGUGCGGCAUCGCGGUGUUCUUCUCGAAUGUGAACACGAUUAUGAUUCCGAUUGUGCAGACAAUUGCGGCAAGCCCGACUGCGCGGUACCUGCUGCGCGACGAGAACGACACGGCGGAGGCGAUGGCGAACCGGUGCAUUGCGUACGGCAUGCUGAUUGGCAUUGCCAAUAACCUUCUGCGGUGGAGCGUGGGCGUAGCGCUAAUGGGGCCGGACAAAGGAGAUGAGGGACGGCUGAGGCUGCCUGAGGAUUCGCCCGAGCAGCCGUCGGCGUCGCUGGCGGACAUGGGCUUGUCCGACCAUGAGGGUGGGAUAGCCACAGUAGCUGGGCGGUCUGGCCAGGCGCGAGGCAGCGCGGAGAUGGUGGCCAGGAUGGGCAGGCGGAUGUGGGGGGCCGUGCAGCCAUGCCUGACGCCGCCGCUUCUUGGGGUGCUGGCGGCGGUUUUUGUAGUGCUGGUGCCGCCGCUGCAGCAGGCACUGCUGGCCAAGGGCACAUAUGCAUACACAGUGUGGCGGGCAGUGGAGACGUGCGGCGAGGCGUGCGUUCCGCUGACGCUGCUGGCGCUGGGCGGGCAAUUGCACGUGAUGGGCAGUGGGCAGGACGAGUCGGGCGAUGUGCCGCAGCGCGCGCAGACGCACGGGAUUGCGCUGGUCAUGGCGGGGCGGUUCCUGGUGGUGCCGAUUCUCACAUGCGCGGUUUUGUUCGGCAUUCAUGCGUUCGUGCCGCAGGCAAUGCCGCUGCUGACGAGUGACCCUGUGCUGUUCCUGACGCUGGCGCUGGUUUCGGCCACUCCGCCUGCUGUGAAUCUGCUGACAAUGUCGCAGAAGGUGGGGCUAUAUGAGAACGAGUCGGCGCGGAUCCUGACCCACACGUAUAUUUCGGGUAUCUUUGCGCUGUCGCUCGAGGUGUCGGUGUUUCUGUGGCUCACAACCACGCUGCGGGCAUGA